AUGACCAAUCAAAUUUGGUCGCGUUUACAAAAACCUAAUACUAAAUUGAGUGAUAAACGCGAUGUUCGUGCAGAGGUACUACCUGGGCAUUCACUCGAAACUCAUCAUGAGGAUAUGAUACAUGAUGCUAAACUUGAUUAUUAUGGGAAAAAAUUGGCAACAUGCUCUUCUGAUCGAUCUAUAAAAAUUUUUGAAAUUGAUGGAGACAGUCAACGAGAAAUAGAAACAUUAAAAGGGCAUGAAGGACCGGUUUGGCAAGUUGCUUGGGCACAUCCAAAAUUUGGUAAUAUCCUAGCAUCAUGUUCUUAUGAUAAUAAAGUAAUUAUUUGGAAAGAACAAAAUGGAUCUUGGAAUAAAAUCCAAGAACAUAAACAUUCAGCAUCUGUAAAUUCAGUUGCUUGGGCACCUCAUGAGCUUGGUCCAAUUUUAGCAUGUGCAUCGUCAGAUGGAAAAGUUUCUGUUUUAACAUUUAAAGAUGAUGGAGCAGCUGAUAUACAAAAAAUUGAUGCACAUUCGAUUGGUGUUAAUUCUGUAAGCUGGGCACCUGCUACAAUGCCAGGUUCACUUGUACAAAUUACCGGUGGGGCACAAAAUGUUAAUGUCACAAAAAAAUUUGCUUCAGCAGGCUGCGAUAACAAUAUAAAAAUCUGGAUUUAUAGUGAUAACGAAUGGAAAGAAGAAUGGAAUUUGGACGGGCACACAGAUUGGGUUCGUGAUGUAGCUUGGGCUCCUAAUGUAGGGCUUUCUAAAAGUUAUUUAGCUAGUGGAUCUCAAGACAAAACUGUUUUGAUCUGGACUCAAGAAACACCAAACUCUCCAUGGACUAAAAAACAACUUAAUGAGAAAUUUUUGGAUGCAGUUUGGAGUGUCAGUUGGUCACUUUCUGGUAACAUAUUAGCAGUUGCUACUGCUGACAACAAAAUCACAUUAUGGAAAGAAAAUUUAAAGGGUGAAUGGGAAAUGUUGACUGAAAUGGCAGAAUAA